AUGUGUGAAACAUACCCUGGACUUGACAUCUUAUCUGCUCAAAAAGUGAAACGGCUCCUUCGUGACACAAAAAUCGAAGUGGAGCCCACCGUACAUUCAAGUGCUCAGUGUACCAGUCCAGUCAGUUCAUCAUUCAUCCCGGUGGAGCGUUUGAAAGGCAUCGCGCACAAUACGGAAUUCGGGAACGAUGCUAUCCCAUACGCAAUCAAAGAUCACGCAGACGAAGAUUUCAAUAGUAGCCAACGCCUGCAGGCGAUGGGUUUUAUAGGCGAACACUCUGCAAUAGCAUGGCUCUUUGAAAUUAAACGCCGUCUUGCAAAGAAGACCACUCCCAAACCUGGGGACACAGCUCGCCCGCCAUCAAUCAGCGCGAUGAACUAUUUUCGGAACGAGGCCAAGGUCGAGACCCACGAAGACGAUAAUCAAUGGACCCUGCCACCCAAAGAGGCGGCAGAUCGGCUUAUUGACCAUUAUUUCCGUGCCAUUCACCAUGAGUUUCCGGUUAUUGGGAAGUUAACGUUCUGCUGGCAAUAUCAAACCUACUUCUCAAAUCCCAACGCCAGGCCUGGGAGGCGGUGGGUGGCCCUAUUGAAUCUCGUGUUUGCGAUUGCUGCGAAAGUCUCCUCAUUAGCAAGUGAGUCUCAUAGGGAGAACCCUGAACGCCACGCAAUCUACUUUUCACGGGCCUGGCGAUUAGGCAUUCAUCACGUUGCAUUGGAGAACUAUCCAGAUAUACAGCAGGUGCAAGUGGAAGCUCUUGCGGCAUUUUAUUUUCUUUGUGUGGGAGAUAUCAAUAGGGCAUGGCGAAUGCUUGGCACAGCUUUUCAAUCCGCGGUGGCAAUGGGGCUUCACCUCCGCAAUUCGGCAAAUGAAGUCCAAUUCUCAUCAAAAGAGAUUCGCUAUCGCGUGUGGUGGGCACUUUUCGUGAUGGAUUCCUUGUUGCAAGUGAUCACUGGCCGCCCACCCAAAACCAACACAAAUUUCUGUACCACGCCGCUACCGAUUCCUUUCCGUGAAGAGGAUCUGGUACAAGGCUCUAUAAGGCACCUCCUCACUGACCUGCACGCACGGAACCAAUUUCUGAGACGGUUUCUUUCUUUUACUGGAAUGGCAGACCGUGCGACAGGUUUAACGCCAUCAGACUGUACACAGAUCGCUGGUUCUGAGUGGGAUAAGGCGUUAUCAGAUGAGCAAACUACAAAAGGGGUGACCGAUUACGUGUCUUCUACGACCUCUACGACCCCUAAGCUCUCACUAUUCUUUGUUCACGCCGUGGACUUAGCGCAUCUGACACACAAGGUUAUCGAGGUCUUGUACUCUCCGGAGCCAGCUCAGAGGUCCUCGUCGGAUCUUGAGAUCCUGAUCUCAAGCUUCAAUGAUUCAGUCGAUGGAUGGCUUUUAUAUCUCCCACAAGAAUUUAAUUUCACCAGAGCUACAAUAUGCGGUCUUUCUCGGCACAGACUGUAA